AUGGAAGAAAACAAAGAAUCUUCAAAAGGGGUUAUCGAAAACCAACAACAAGAGACAAAAAACAAGGUUUUAGCAUCAUUGGUUGAAGCUUUUUCAUUGUCUUCAAUGGAAGAAGCAGUUAUGGCUUAUGAUGUUGCAAAGGGUGAUGUAAACAAAGCUUCUGAGAUCUUAAGCAGAGGUUUGGGUAUGGUGGAGAACGUUGAAUACCCUUUUUCUUCGUCUUCUUCGUGUAGUGGUGGUAGCACUAGCAAUGGUUUUUCUUCUGGGUUGGAUUUGGCUUCGACUUCGGGUUCUUCGGGUUCUUCAGAUGGAAGGGGGAAGCAGCAGAAGCAGAAGAAGAAGAUUGUUGCGGCGACGGGAACUGUUUCAACGAUUUUGGGGAAUGAAUAUGUGAGGAGGAAUGGUGGGAGGAAGAAGAAGUUUGGAAAUGAGGUGGUUGGUAAUGAAGAGGCUGAGCAGUUUUUGUAUUCCAUGCUUGGGAAUGAUUGUGAUCUUAACUUGGCUGUUGUUAGAGAUGUUCUUUGUCAAUGCGGAUAUGAUGUUGAAAAGGCCAUGGAUGUAUUGCUUGACUUGGCUGCGAAUGAGCGAUCCAGUAAUGAUAGAAAUUCUGAUUACAAAGUAGACAACAUGGACGGUACGAGAUUCCUUGUUGAUUAUGAUCAUAAUGAUAGUUUGAUAGAUAGAAGAUCAGAGUGCACAUCUCUUUCAUCGGAAGGUGACUUUUCUGAUAAUAUAUGGGGUCUGGGAUCUUUUGGCAGGAAUUAUGCGGAGGUCCUCACUAGUUCUAAAGCUAAUUCUCAUAUUAGCCCAGGAUGUACAAAGUUAGAACUUCCUCAGAAGGUGUUAGAGUCCUUGUUUAACAUUCCCAAAAGCUCUGAACAUGACAAAGGUACCACGGAUUGGAGAAACAUAGCAAAGAAAAUGCAGUCUUUGGGUCCUGGUUUUGAUGGUCGUCCAAAUGUUGCAGAACCUCAGCAGCGUCCUCGCACUAAAGGAGAGGAAUAUCACGCCUUUAGGCAAGAUGCAAGACAGCAGUGGGAUUCAGUGAAAGGUUACUUUCAGAAAGCUGCAACUGCAUAUACUAAUGGAGAUCGAGGAUAUGCCGCCUAUCUUUCUGAUCAGGGUAAAGAGCAAACUAAAAUAGCUCAGAAAGCAGACACUAAGGCAAGCCAUGACAUAUUUGUUGCUAGAAACAAGGAUAUAGAAAAUGUGAUAACUAUUGAUUUGCAUGGGCAGCAUGUGAAACCAGCAAUGAGAAUGCUGAAACUUCACCUUCUGUUUGGAUCAUAUGUUCCUUCUGUUCAGAUGAUAAGGGUCAUCACAGGAUGUGGAUCACAUGGUUUUGGGAAGUCCAAGCUGAAACAAUCGGUUACUAAACUUUUAGAUAAGGAGUCAAUUGAAUGGAGAGAAGAGAACCGAGGAACUGUGUUGAUCAAACUCGACGGCUGGAGAGAGUAUAACUUUCUGGAUGCUGAUAGUGAUAGCGAUAGUGAUUGAUUGAGCUUAUUGCAUAUAAGCUAAUUGCAGGUUUAUUAACUGUUUGUGUCUGUACCAAGUUUAGAUUACUAAUUUGGGAUUUAUAUUAAGUUAGAGCUGUGACAUUGACAUAUACAUUAGGUAUUUUGGCCAAGCUUUUUGCCUGUUGUAACUUUAAGCAACAUAAAUCUUGGCACAUUUAGGGUGUAUCAUACCUCCCAUAGAGCAUGUAACUCUAUUUUAGUUCUCAAGUGCUUGUCUAGAUUUGCAUAUUCCUAGGGUAGUAGGCCAAUGCCUAAAAGAAUCUUAAGAUGUUAUUGGUGUUGUACCUACAUGAAUGUGUGCAUUUUAUUUUAAAUUCCUGGUUAUUUUUUUCUUCCUAA